AGCCGGCUUCCUUCGGCUGUGUGGCCGCGUCGCCGGCCAUGGCUCAGGCCCGGCGAUGCGGAACUCCAUUCCUGCGAGUGAUUCUCAUUACGUGCUUUAUUUCGGCUCACGGGGCACGUGUGGCUGGUGGAGACCUGGAGGAGCACAGCGUCAACGCCAGCACGCCCAAGCUGGAGGUGGCGGACAAGUUCGGGCGACAAGGCGAGCUCUUGGAGCAAGAGGUGCCAGUGCGAAAGGCCCAGCUUAGCUGGCAGCAGCAGCGGGUGCUGGCGAUGCUUCUGGUGCUGGGCCUUUUCACCCUGGCGGUCACCUGGCUGGUGGCUUCAGGCAUCCAGACCAUGGUCCAGACCAGGAGUCUUAGACCUAAGCAAGCGAGGGGUCAGUCCCAUCUCUCCAUCCAGGCGGUGGUGGAAGCCCGGGUGGAGCUGCUCCGCAGCUUGCUGGACACGGCGAUCCAGAACUCUGAGGAUCCGAACAAGGUGUUGGUAGCGCUGUUCAACGAGGUCAUGGAGAGGAUUUGGGAGUGCAAGGAGAGCGGCACCCUGGAUAACGAGGUAGAGAUAGUGCUGGAGACGGCGCUGGAAAGCAACGAGCAGUGCGCCGGCAUCAGCGAGCGAAGACAGCUCUGGCUGGACCUGGUGGCGUCAGUGGUGCAGCACGCAGAGGCGUCCGAGACCAAGGCCUCGCUGCUCACGGUGCUGGCCAAGAGCAUGCAGCAGCAGAUCCGAGCCUUGGUCAAGGAGGGCGUGAUCGCGCGCAAGGCGCUCCUGGAUUUGGCAGCCUCCAGGGAAACCGACGGCAUGCUGAAUCGACAGCUGCGCUUCCUGCUGAGCGAGGAGGCGAUGGGAUGCCAGCCUGGAGGCUGCUUUGGGCUGCGCUGAGAGAGGAGCUCGCCAGUGACAUUGGCAAGCCUGGGGUUCAGAGACAGGGUGAGGCAAGCUUGGCUUUGCGCCCAGGGAGGC